UCACCACUUUCAUCAUUAUUCUUAUUAUUAUUAGCUUCUCAGCUUUUACGUUCAACUGUUACAAUUCUUCUGCUUUUUCAAGUUUCCACUGUUGUUGUUGUUCUUCUUGUUCUUGUUCAUCCAAGAUCCUCUGUUUAAUCAUCAACUUCACUUCUCACCCUUCAUGUUUCUUCUUGAUUUGGUCUCAACGAAUACAGAAAUCUGUGUCCACAUUUGGUGAAAGAAAGAAAGAAGUUUCUCUGGAUUUUAAUGGGGUAGAGUUAGAUGAUGCAGCAGUAACAAGGAAAUGAAAGCGAUUUGGUAGAAUUUCUUGGCUGCAUGGGACGCUUGUUGCACUUUUUUGAUUUCAAUCAGAGCAGUAUGGCCAGGAAAAUUCUUGCACAUAAGAAACAUGCUGAUGGUUUGGAAGCUCCUCGGAAUAGCUUGGAAUUGCAAGUAGAGAAUUCGAACACCUAUCCUGCAGUAGGAGAUGUGCCAUAUUCUUACCCAUUGGAAGAAGACUGGUCUAAAAAGAGCUCUUAUCCAACCGAGACUUCAAUGAAGAAAUUAAUUAAUGAGGAAAUAUCUAAACAAUCUAACACCAGACAAAGUGCACCUAGCAUUGUGGCUAGACUGAUGGGGAUGGACGUACUUCCAGUGGAUACAAAACCUGUAAUUCAGCCUAUUGAAAAGAAGAAUGAGCAAGCAGGAAGCAAGAUUUCGAAAAAGAAUGGAAGGAGCUCAGUUGAUCAUUUCUCUUUUAACACAGAUUCUUCCAGGCAUAUGGAACUCGACUCCAUUUACCCGAGUAAAGACAGAGAUGCUGAUAGAUGGAGCAAUGGUGAGAAUUUUGGAAGGCCAAGGCCUCGAGAACAUCCACAAGAGGAGGAACUACAGAAGUUCAAGAAAGAAUUUGAGGCUUGGCAGGCAGCCAGGUUUAGGGAAUGUUCAAAGAUUGUUGAUUUUGACAGCAUGCCUAGACAGUGGCUUGUACAAGAGAACCUCAACAGGGAAAAUAAGGCGAUUUAUGCAAAUUCUUGGGCAAAUUCAAGUGAGAAGCUUGUAGAAUCAAAGAGUCGAACAUUAAAAUCAACAUCAUAUGACAGGGAUGGUUUACAACAUCACAGACAUAAAGUGGAAUCCUUCCCCAUAGAGCAGAAGGAAUCUACUCCUUUAAGAAGCAGAAGCAAAAGUGUAGACUUUCAGCAAUCCUCCCUGUUGAAUUAUGAAGAGAAACUGGACACUGCUCCUACAAAGAUAGUGAUCUUGAAGCCCGGUCCUGAUAAGAUUUAUGACCAUGAUGAAUCCUGGACUAGUUCCAUGGGCACUUUAGAGGAGAGAAGUAGUAUAGAAGAUUUUCUUGAGGAGGUGAAGGAUCGACUAAAAUGCGAACUGCAGGGUAAAACUCUUAAAAAAGGUUCAGUGGUCAGAGGAAGUGGAAUUGAAACCCCUUUCAGUGAAAAGCCAUCAAAUCCAAAACAGAUUGCUCAGCAUAUAGCAAAGCAUGUCCGAGAGAGUGUUACUAGAGACCUUGGAAUGAAUCUGCUCAGAUCAGAAUCAACAAGAUCAUAUAGAAGUGAAAUUCAGUUCAAUGGUCCAGGUUCCCCAGAGUUCAUCAACAGGGAUACCAGGAGAUUCCUCUCAGAGAGACUAAGGAAUGUUCUGAAGAGAGAAACGCGUUCGGAUGCUCCCCAAGUUGUUAGUGGCAGAUCAAGAUCUUCCUUACUAGAUAAUGGAAGGGUUGGGCUAAAGCAAUCGGGAGACACCUCAAUGGCUAGAAAUGAGUUGAAUCACUGGGAAAUUGAGAGAAAUGAACAAGAAAUGCAAACGAGAUCUUUCAGACAUGGAGAUGACAAUGGAGUGCUGAACAGAGAAUUGUCUCCAAGAAAUCUCAUUAGGUCUUUGUCAGCCCCUGUAUCGGGAACAUCAUUUGGGCAGCUUCUUCUAGAGGACCGUCAUAUUUUAACUGGUGCCCAAAUCAGGAGGAAGCAUGAAGCCAUUGACAAUGUUUUAGUGGAUGUGAGAAAAAGGAAGAAAGAGCGGUUUAAUUUCAGAGAAAGAGUUUCCAAUUUCAGAUAUACUUUCACUCUUAGACGAAGGCUGUUUGGUCGGAAGAUUCAGUCAAUGACAGAAUUUCAUGGCUCUGAAUAUAAUCCUGUAAAAGAUAUCCUCAGUGGACCAACAGUGAUCAUGAACUCUGGCGAGAGGCAUGAAAACUCCACUGAGGUGCCUCCUAGCCCUGCGUCUGUCUGCAGUAGCUCUCAAGAAGAGUUUUGGAGGCCAGUGGAUUAUCUCAGUCCAAUAUCAACACCAGAUGUGACUCCGGGAGAAGACAAUUCUAUGCCACAAGUUUUUAGAGAGAUCAGUUCUAAUCUGAAUGAACUGCGCAGACAACUGAGUCAACUUGACAACCUGCCAGAGGACAUAUAUGUUGAACAGGAUCCAACUGAGUCUGAAAUAGUUGACUUAGAUGAUCAGGCAGAAGCUUACAUAAGAGACCUGCUUGUUGCAUCUGGUUUUUAUGACGGCUCAUCCGAUAAAUCUUUAUCGAGGUGGGAUCCACUUGCAAAGCCUAUCAGUAGCUCAGUCUUCGAAAAAGUGGAAGAAUCUUACAGAAAAUUAGCGGAAGAAAAUGAAGUUCUGAUAAAGGAACAUAUUGAGAAGAAGGGUGAUCGCAAAAUGUUACUUGACUUAUUGAAUGAAGCACUUUCAACUAUACUAGGACCACCUGUGACCAAAUCCAGAUUCAGGAGAAAGAUUAUUGGUUCUUCGAUGUUGCCACCUCCACACGGAAGAAAAUUGUUGGAAUCUGUGUGGGAAAUUAUUCGUGUAUAUUUAUACCCUCCAACCGACAGAUCUUAUUAUUCACUUGAUAGCAUGGUGGCAGAUGAUUUAGGAUCCACCCCUUGGUCUGGCUUGAUGGAUGAAGAAACUAAUGCUUUAGGAAGAGAGGUGGAAUGUCACAUUAUUGGAGAUCUAGUUGAAGAUAUUCUCAAGGAUAUGCAGUUAUAAAUGGUUACAUUAUUGAGGUUUUGACAUUCUCAAAUGUGAUCAUUCUCAUGUUCAGCUGGUGAUCACACUUCAGUAGAGAAACUAAACCAGCCUAGAAGGCUGCUGAGGAGUGACUUGUACAUGGAGGCAAGAUUUAUACAUGAUUAAAUGGUUAAAUCCUAAAUUGGGUAUUUUCACAUUUUCUUGACACAGAAGAGUGUUUGAUGGGAGACUGCAGGUGCUUGUAUAUAUAUUGUGCGGGGGAGUUGAUCGAUCGAAGUUGUACGUAUUGUACAUGAUUGCAUGUAUCAUUAGGUUAUUUUUCUUAUAUAUCUAUUGUUUAAUUGGCAAUUUAUUGGAUGUGAUUUUCUGAUUUUUAUCUUAACAUUUGAAUGUUUAAAGGUCAUAGUAAAUAUAACAAUUUGAAUCCCCUUUGAGGGAGA